UCCACUCCCACUUCAACUUCAACUUCAACUUCAACCUCAAUUACCGUAUCAAUCGAAACAACACCGAUUUCGACAGAGACUCUCCCAGAGCUUACUGUGACAGUCACCCAACCACUUCCAUCAACGCGACCGUACGAUGAUGGCAUGUGGCAUACAUACUACUACUAUACUGUUGAAUCUGAAAGCCAGUACCCCUCAAGCACCGACAGCAGUUGGGGCGCCAGCUCGACCAGCACUCCCGCCUUGGAAGCAAGCAGUACUAUGGCGAAUCCAUGGACCUCAUCCACACUUUCGGUGUCGACUACAAGCUCCAUCCCUACUACAACGAGUCUAGCAUUUUGGGGUGCUGCCGACUUCAAGGGUUGGAAUACCACAACAUCAGAUCUG